GGUUAUGGGAAGGGGCACUGGAGGGAAAUUUGGGACAGCCGGGUUUUCAGAUCAGUAUGAGCCCUAGGGUGGAGUGUGGGUAAUGGGACAGAGGAAUAAGGACUGGGAGAGUUUGGUGGGGUGGGGGCAGGAGCCUGUUGGAGUUAAGUUGGCCAGCGAGCCAGCCCCUCAUGGGUUCUUUGUACCUCUCCAGCUCAGUAAGGUGGCAGGCAAGGCAGGUGCCAUGGCCUUGAUUGAAGGGGUGGGUGAUGAGGUGACCGUCCUUUUCGCGGUGCUUGCCUGCCUUCUCGUGCUGGCUCUCGCCUGGGUCUCAACACACACCGCGGAGGGUGCCGACCCACUGCCCCAGCCGUCAGGGACUCCAGCAGCAGCACAGCCCAGUGAAGCCAUGGCAGUCACCGGCAGCAUCAGAGGGGAGGCCCCCGGAUCCGAGACCCCCAGCUUGAGACACAGAGGUCAGGCUGCACAGCCAGAGCCUGGCGUUGGGCUCUCAGCGACAUCGACAUCGCCGGACUCCCCCCAGGAGCCCCUCGUGCUACGGCUGAAAUUCCUCAACGAUUCAGAGCAAGUGGCCAGGGCCUGGCCCCACGAUACCAUUGGCUCCCUGAAAAGGACCCAGUUUCCCGGCCGGGAACAGCAGGUGCGACUCAUCUACCAAGGGCAGCUGCUAGGAGACGACACCCAGACCCUGGGCAGCCUUCACCUCCCGCCCAACUGCGUUCUCCACUGCCACGUGUCCACGCGCGUCGGUCCCCCACACCCCCCUUGCCCACCGGGGUCAGAGCCAGGCCCCUCCGGGCUGGAAAUCGGCAGCCUGCUGCUGCCCCUGCUGCUGCUGCUUCUGUUGCUCCUCUGGUACUGCCAGAUCCAGUACCGGCCCUUCUUUCCCCUGACCGCCACUCUGGGUCUGGCGGGCUUCACCCUGCUCCUCAGUCUCCUGGCCUUUGCCAUGUACCGCCCGUAGUGCCUCCACGGGCUCUCGGAAGCGUUGCUGGCCCCUCUGGACCUUGCUCCCCGCGACACAGUGGGCGCUGUUGUCUACCCAGGCCCACCUCUCCGGCCUGCCUCUUCCCGCUACCCUGGAGCCCAGCCCUGCGCAGCAGAGCGCUCCGGGAGUCGGCUGAGGUCCCCCCUUGUGACCUUCAUGCCUCUGGGCCACCUGCUGGGGCUGCUGGCCCUCGGCCCCCACUGACAGUCAGCUCCUCUGGGUCAGGCAGCUGCUGUCACUGCCUUGGCCCCGGGCAGAACCGGGCUACACCCCUGGGCCCUUCUUAGAAUUCUGCCAGGACCCAGCCACCUCUAGUCCCUAAUAGCUCCUUGGGCUGAUUUGAGGACCUAAGGACUGCGGGGCGCUGGGGAAGGGGAGCUGGGAGGGGCAGAGGGAUUGUGUGGAACAUGUGCAGAUUAAAUGACUGUGAAGUUUUCA